AUGCCGGAGAAGAAGCCGAAGAGGAAGGAAGCACAGAGAGAGCCAGGGGUGGCACGUCACGGUACAGCACACCACGGUACAGCACGCCACGGUACAGCACACCACACCACGGCACGCUUGCCCGGGAAGGAGACCGACUGGCUCGUCAUGGCUCCAGGUGCCUCGAAGACGACGUGGGGCAGCGUGGAGGUGGCCCUGACUGGCCUCUGUGCUGUCCUGCUCUGCUGCAGCCCCAUGCUGGCCGGCUGUCGCCAGGUGACCUUCUUCCCAGACGUGUUAACUCUCCCUGCCGGCAGCUCAGCCACCUUCUUCUGCAACAUCUCCAUGGAGCACAACUCAGGCUCAGAGUACAGUCUCAAUUGGUACAAGGAGACCAACCACAGCCAAGCCCAAAAAAUCGCUGAGAUCAGCCGGAACAACUCCCAGACGAAGACAGAGAAGUACCUGCUCACCAACCACACUCCUGCCUUCAAGAUCAGGAUCAUGAACCUUCACCAGAACGACUCGGGCUCCUACUACUGUGGGCUGAUUACCUUCUUUGAACCCAACAAAGUGAUGGAGAGCAACCGGUCCCAGCUGGUGGUCACAGCGGCCCCUGAGAAGACAAAUGCCACCAAGGAGCCUGAGGUAGAGGAAGACAAUCCCCUGGACCACAUCAAGGCUGUGCUCCUGGGCAUCCUGCUGCUGGCUGGGGCAGUUUUGCUGCUGAUCUUUGGCUACCUCACCAUCACAUACAAGAGAGGAGAUGUGCAGAAACCACCGAGUGAAAAAGCGCCAGCGGCGGACCACGCUCAGUCUCAGGCUCUCCUCAUGCACUUUGUGCCAGAGCCCGAUGGAGAGAAAGAAGAGAAGCCCCCUGAGGUGUUCAUGUCUACUGUGGACUAUGGUGUGCUGGAGUUUCAGUGGGACCAGCGCACCCAGGUGCCCCCUGAGACCCAGCCAGUCGACCAGACUGAAUAUGCCACCAUCAUCUUCCCAGAGGAGAAGCCCGUCACACCGGAGCGGGGGAAGAAACACCAGAACGAGAAGACUCAGCAGCUGCAAUUGCAGCCCUGCUGA